ACAAAAAAAGAAAUAUAAGUAAAAAGCAACCUGAAGAACAUAAUAAUGAAAUAAUCGUAGAUUUCUAUGAUUUUUAUGAUCAUAUAAUGCAGUUUUUUGAUCCAUUCGAAGAUGAAAAAGUAGAUGAAGAUCAAGAAAAUUUAAAAUCUUUGGAAUUUGAAUUUUCUUGUGCCAUAAACAUUUCAGCAUUAGAAG